CAAUCGUCAAGUAAGUUUGUUUUUGUUUUAUCGCAAUAUCGGACAUGUGUACAAACAGUUUACUUAUGUGUCCAAGUUUAUAAUUAUUUACUGUUGGUGACAGGUUUAAUAUUUCUGUAAUCGCGUUUAAUUACCUUAGUGAUGUUAUUCAAUAUUAUAUGCUUGUAUAUUCCUAUAUUUAUUCAACUAUGUGACUUCUCACAAACUUUCGUAAUGGACAAAAAUUCUAAUAAAUCGUACGAUCUCGAUUGGCAAUGCGACACUAUUUGCUCAGGAUCAGGUGGCAGGGCUCGCUUCGAUCCGAAAAACAAAAUAUGUAAAUGCACCAUGGACAAAAACACAGACGAAACCGACAUUUUACGUAUGCAGCAGAAUGCCGAAAGAAUUGGUCUUCAAAUAAUAACAUGUGACAAUUACCACAAAGAAAUGGGGAAACGUGAAGUCAACAAAGAAGUGGUACCUAAAGCAGAUCAAGUUGGUUCUGUACAUUCAAUUCUUCCUAGUUUUAACAGUUUAAAUGAAAAACCUAAUGGAAAGGAAAAACAAUGGCCCUCAAAUGCAUUUGAUUUUAAUCAAAAUAAACCAACUACUGAAGCUCCUGACGAAAUUCCUCCCAAAACCCCAAAUAUUAAUGACGCUAAAAUAACUGACGACCCUGGAAAAGACAAAAUGAAUAUAACUGCAAGGUUAAUUGAACUCUCUAGGAUGAGUUUAAAGCGAUAUUCUAAACUAUAUGAGCAAGCAAAACUAAAACCACACGAACCGAGGCAGAAAGCAGAAUGGCAAGCAAAAUCCCUUCCUAGAAUGGGAUUCUUAGAAAAGGAGAAGGAAGAAAGCAAAAUUCAAAAAGCAAUGGACUUAGUCAAAGAAAAACAAAAAGAAUUACUUACCAAAUUCAAAGAACGAAAUUCAAAAUUACUGAGUCGUAACCACUUAGAUAAUCAAGGAGAGCAGAAAGGUAAUGUAGGAAAACCUUUUGCAGCCUUCGACAAAUCGUCAUUUGCCCCUUAUUGGGAUAAUAUCCAUAAAGCAAGAAGCUCCAGCAGAUUUGGUAAAACGGAAGAAGUUCAAAAGGGGUCUAAUAAAGGCAUCAUUGUUCAACCUCCCGGUACUUACGAUGAAGAUGAAUAAGUUUUUUAAAACCAUAUUAUUUAUUAUAACAAAAAUACAUUUAAGAACAUAAUAUAUUAAACAUAAGCUAU